CUUCGGUUUAUCCGCCUCCCUCCUCAAAACUCCACUUAAAACCUCGAAAUAGAAACGGAAACUCCUCUACUAAAGUCACUUGCUCCCGUAUAUUUCCGGUCACUGGCAACCGUUUCCGGUCCCGGUAACAAUGUCUCACUCCCUCCAAUUCUUCACUUCUACCCGUGCUCCUUAUCUCAGUCUCAAGAAACUUCCCGCGACGUCCUACACCUGGUUCCCGGUAAUCAACUUCCCGACCAAAAAACAUUCUCUCAAGAUCAUCAAAUCGUUAUCUUCGGAUCUCGAUGCGGCGUCUUCUCAAGUGUUGGAAUCCGGUAACGGCCAGACCGGAGCUGCGGGGUUUUUGUCGGCAGACGACGUGGUGGCUGUUCCGUCUCAUGUGCCGUCGGAUUCUGGAGCGGCGGCUGGGAUCGAUGUGGACUCCGUGACGGAGGCGGAGCUGAAGGAGAAUGGAUUCCGGAGCACGAGGCGGACGAAGCUUAUAUGCACGAUAGGUCCGGCAACUUGCGGGUUCGACCAGCUGGAAGCGUUGGCUGUCGGAGGCAUGAACGUGGCUCGUAUCAACAUGUGCCACGGCACACGCGAGUGGCAUAAAAUGGUGAUCGAGCGGGUGAGGAGACUCAAUGAAGAGAAAGGAUUCGCUGUCGCCAUUAUGAUGGAUACUGAAGGUAGCGAGAUUCACAUGGGAGAUCUCGGUGGCGCUGCCUCCGCCAAAGCUGAGGAUGGAGAAAUCUGGACAUUUAGUGUCAGAGCUUUCGGUACCCCACUGCCUGAGCGAACAAUUAAUGUGAACUAUGAUGGUUUUGCUGAAGAUGUGAAAGUUGGGGAUGAGCUUUUGGUUGAUGGUGGAAUGGUGAGGUUUGAGGUGAUUGAGAAGAUUGGUCCCGAUGUGAAGUGUAGGUGCACUGAUCCGGGAUUGCUGCUUCCGCGAGCCAAUUUGACUUUCUGGAGGGAUGGGAGCCUUGUUCGUGAGCGUAACGCUAUGCUUCCUACCAUUUCUUCCAAGGAUUGGUUAGAUAUCGACUUUGGGAUUGCCAAAGGUGUUGAUUUUAUUGCAGUAUCUUUUGUCAAAUCCGCUGAAGUGAUUAAUCAUCUUAAAAGCUAUAUUGCUGCCAGGUCUCGCGGUAGUGACAUAGCUGUUAUUGCAAAGAUAGAGAGUAUCGACUCAUUGAAGAACUUGGAAGAAAUUAUUCUAGCAUCAGAUGGAGCUAUGGUUGCAAGAGGAGACUUGGGUGCUCAGAUACCAUUGGAACAGGUUCCAUCAGCUCAGCGAAGGAUUGUCCAGGUGUGCAGGCAACUAAAUAAGCCAGUGAUUGUUGCUUCCCAGCUACUUGAUUCAAUGAUUGAAUACCCGACACCCACCCGAGCGGAAGUUGCCGAUGUUUCUGAAGCAGUAAGGCAGCGAGCUGAUGCUUUAAUGCUCUCUGGUGAAUCAGCAAUGGGACAGUACCCUGACAAGGCAUUAGCUGUUUUGAGAAGUGUUAGUGUGAGGAUAGAGAAAUGGUGGAGGGAGGAAAAACGCCACGAGGCUAUGGUACUGCCAGAUGUAGGAACAUCGUUUGCAGAUAGUAUCUCAGAAGAGAUUUGUAUUUCUGCAGCCAAGAUGGCUAACAAUUUAGAGGUGGAUGCCCUUUUUGUCUACACAAAGACGGGCCACAUGGCGUCUCUCCUUUCACGUUGUCGACCAGAUUGCCCCAUCUUUGCUUUUACAACCACAACUUCCGUCCGUCGACGUCUGAACCUACAAUGGGGCCUCAUUCCCUUCCGCCUCGGCUUCUCUGACGACAUGGAAAGCAACCUCAACAAAACCUUCUCGUUACUCAAGGCUAGAGGAAUGAUCAAAUCUGGCGACCUCGUAAUCGCAGUCUCGGACAUGUUGCAGUCCAUCCAAGUCAUGAAUGUUCCUUGAAUAAAACUCAGUAUGAUGCAAAUUAUGUUGGUUUUUGAACCCUGCUGGUAGACUCACCUAUGUGUUGAACUAGCUGUAUCUUUCUCUAUCUCUUCGGCUUU